GAAAAUGAAGAACCUCUUGUAGCUGAAUUCAUCAUUCGAAAAGUUCGAAUCAUAACGAGGCAAAAAUGGGUCGCAGCGUAAACCCUAAGAAGUCGAAGAGGAAGAACAAGAAGAAGGAAGCUGCGUCUUCUUCCUCGAUACCAUCGAUUCCAACUAGGGUUUGGCAGCCAGGUGUCGAUAAGCUCGAAGAGGGUGAAGAACUUCAGUGCGACGCUUCUGUUUAUAAUUCCCUUCACGGGUUCCAUGUUGGUUGGCCAUGUUUGAGUUUUGACAUUUUAGGUGAUAAGUUGGGUUUGAACCGAACUGAGUUUCCUCACACUUUGUAUAUGGUGGCUGGGACUCAGGCUGAGAAAGCACAAUGGAACUCCGUAGGAUUAUUUAAAAUCAGCAACGUAUCUGGUAAGAGACGCGAUGUAGCGCCCAAGAUGCUAGUGAAUGGUGAUGAUGCCAUGGAGGAUGAGGAUGACGAAGAUGAGGACAGUGAUGAGGAAAACGAAGAUGAAGCUUCCACUGUUCCAAAUAUUCAGGUCCGCAGGGUUGCUCACCAUGGAUGUGUUAAUCGCAUUCGUGCAAUGCCUCAAAAUCCUCAUAUCUGUGUCUCUUGGGGAGAUUCUGGUCAUGUACAGGUGUGGGACUUGAGCUCUCAUCUUAAUGCUUUAGCUGAGUCAGAAACAGAAGGUAAAGAUGGAACUUCACCGGUUCUUAACCAAGCACCUUUAGUUAACUUUGCUGGCCACAAAGACGAAGGCUAUGCUAUAGAUUGGAGUCCUGCAACCGCUGGAAGACUACUUUCCGGGGACUGCCAGAGUAUGAUUCAUUUGUGGGAGCCAGCUUCUGGUUCAUGGACUGUUGAUCCUAUUCCAUUCGCCGGACACAGUGCAAGUGUUGAAGAUUUACAAUGGAGUCCAGCUGAAGAUAACGUGUUUGCGUCGUGUUCUGUGGAUGGGACUAUCGCAAUUUGGGAUGUCCGAGUUGGGAAAUCGCCUGCGUUAGUUUUCAAGGCACAUAACACAGAUGUGAAUGUCAUCUCAUGGAACAGGCUGGCUAGUUGCAUGUUGGCCUCAGGGAGUGAUGACGGGACAUUCUCUAUCCGUGAUCUAAGACUUAUCAAGGGUGGAGAAGCUGUGGUAGCACAUUUUGAGUAUCAUAAGCAUGCUAUCACGUCGAUUGAGUGGAGCGCUCAUGAAUCCUCGACUCUUGCAGUCUCUUCGGACGAUAACCAGCUCACGAUAUGGGAUUUAUCCUUAGAGAAGGAUGAGGAAGAGGAAGCAGAAUUCAAAGCUCAGACCAAGGAACAAGUCAACACACCUCAAGACUUGCCUCCUCAGCUUCUCUUCGUUCACCAGGGACAAAAGGACUUGAAGGAACUUCACUGGCACAACCAGAUUCCAGGGAUGAUCAUCUCAACUGCUGCUGAUGGUUUCAACAUCUUGAUGCCUUACAACAUUCAGAACACACUUCCUGAUCUCGCUGCCUGAAAAGAUUUGAGUCGUUGUCUGAAAACUUUUAGUCUCUUGAGUUUUGUAUUGUCCUCUGUUCGUCUAUUUGUUUCAUUGUGGCAAGUUUCAAGAACUAUACUCUUACUCUUUCACAACUUUCAAGGUUCAUUGGUUUCAGUUAUGAAAAAAAGUCAAAAGUAAUUUUGAAAAACA